AUGUUAAGGCCAUACUUUUGGGCCUUGCUUCUCAAUGUCCUCUUGGUGUGCGCAGCAAGUAUACACUCCAACGCCCGCCAGCGUUGCCAGAGAUCGCUAGAAGCAUGUCCCAAAGGCACAGUCGUUGUUUCGGCGUCCAAUCCUAAAGCUCAAUUUUCAAACGUUCAAAGUGCAAUUGAGUCGCUGCCAAAUGAUAACAGCAGCCAGACAAUCCUUGUCCUGGCAGGCGAAUACAUCGAGCAAUUGAAUGUCACCCGGCCUGGCCCAGUCACUUUGCUAGGUCAGACGGACCACAUAACCGAUGCUUCGAAGAAUAAGGUGACCAUCACCUGGGCACAAGCCAACCAUGACAAUACUGGCCAAAGUGUCGAUAAUGUAUUCUCAAGCGUCUUGGUCGUUGCACCCACCCUCGAUUCCAGUUACACUGGUUCCGGUCCGACAGGGUAUCCUGUGCCUGAGGAUACGCCCUUUGGUAGCGUCGAUUUUCGCGUGUACAACAUUGACUUUACGAAUACCUGGUCUGACUUUUCGGACGGCCCAGCGCAUGCUCUCAGCCUGAGUCGCGCCAAUGGUGGCUUCUACUACUGCGGAUUCUAUUCGUACCAAGACACAGUCUACGUAGGCAAGUUAGGCAACGCAUACUUUUACAAGAGCAUCAUAGCUGGACAGACCGACUUCCUAUACGGCUUCGGUACCGCCUGGAUCCAAUCGUCUGAUAUCCUCCUUCGCAACUGCGGCGGCGGCAUCACGGCCUGGAAGGGUACCAACACCACCUUCGAGAACAAGUACGGCGUCUAUAUCGUCGAAUCAACGGUCCAAGCUGCCAAUUCCUCGAUUGCCCCGGAAAUUGUCGGUAGCUGCCCGCUAGGUCGGCCCUGGAACAGCCUGCAUCGAUCUAUCUUUGCACACUCAUACGAGGACGGCAGCGUUGCGUCCUCCGGAUACAUUGACUGGAUUGUUGACGGCGAGAGCCGCCUAACCAAUGGGACCUUCAUGGCUGAGUAUCGCGUUUUCGGGCCGGGAUUCAACCAGACUGGCCGUGCUUCUACCAAUGCCUCGAUUGUCUUAACCCCUAGGGAAUAUGCCCCUUAUGACUCCCCGCAAAAGGUCUUCCUAACUCCAGAUGGCAAAGCAGGCAAUGUUGACUGGAUUGACUGGCACGCAUAG